AUGGCUUCAUCCAACCCGCGUCCGAAUUACAACCUCUUUUACAUCUGCCCUAAUGGGACUCAACUAGCGGAUUAUGACCAAGCGGCACAAUUGAUCCAGACAUCGCGACGUAACCAGGCAUCAGGACGUAUCCAGGCAUCGGGACGUAUCCAGGCAUCGGGACGUAUCCAGGCAUCGGGACGUAUCCAGGCACGACAAUUAAUCCGGCCAUCACGACACGUCCAGCCAGCACAACAGCUCCGGCCAGCACGACUCAGCCAGCCAGUGCAAUACAUCCGGCCAGGACAACAGCUCCUGCCGGGACAACAUGCCCGGUCAGCACAACAGCUCUGGUCAACACAACAGCUCCGGUCAACACAACAAGUCUGGCCAGCACGACUCGGCCAGCCAGCGCAAUACAUCCAGCCGGGACAACUGCCCCAGGAAAAUCCAUCAGCCGACAUAGUGCAACGGGCCUGGCGGAUCGGACAGCUACAUCGAUGGAUACAGUGGGCGGAGUGGGUAAGGUCACAACAGCUUCAACGUGAGGAUGGGAUUCAAGCGACGCUGGGGCGACAUACUGAACUAGCUUGCGGUGCGACGGUACCACCGUACAUUGGGCUUCCUAAAGAGGACACCAUCAACACAGCCGCCCUUGCGCAGCCGGAGAACACCAUCAACAGAGCCGCCCUUGCGCAGCCAGAGGACACCACCAAUCCAGCCGCCCUUGCGCGGCCAGAGGACACCAUCAACCCAGCCGUCCUUCAGCGACGGCCGCACAUACAUGGGACAAACGGUGCACCCGGCCUAUACGUGUGGCAGAAUAAUCCGGCUGAAUCAGACGCAGAGGUGAACCCACGGCAGCCCCGAGAAACUCGCCCUCCAUCGCCGGCCAAGGUUUCCGUGACCAACGAGUUGUUAUCUGCGUGCGAUAAUAAAGCAGAAGAUGUGAAGUUUGGGGAAUUCCUUCAGGACUGGGUGUUGGAUGAAUGGGAAUAG